GAGGGACAGAGACACAUGCGCGAGGUUCCCACCGAUGCCUUUGGAGAUAUAAACUUUGGAAGCCAAAACAUGGCCAAGUAUGUACGUGUCUCCUCAGACACCCCCUCCCAUGAUUUGUACCACCUGAUUACGAAAUACUGGAAGCUCGACCCCCCAAACCUGCUCAUCUCGGUUAGGGGCGGAACCAAGAACUUCAACAUGAGGCCGCAUCUGAAGCGGAAGUUCCACAGGGGCCUCAUCAAAGUGGCCCAGAGCACAGGUGCCUGGAUCAUCACCGGGGGCACCCACACUGGGGUGAUGAAGGAGGUGGGGAUGGCUGUGCGUGACAACACCCUCAGUAGCAGCUCUGCGUGGGGGAAGAUCGUGGCCAUUGGGGUGGCCCCCUGGGGCACUGUACACAACAGCAAGUCCCUUGUGCACCCUGAGGGCCGUUUCCCUGCCCACUACACACUAGACGAGAAGAGCCAGGGUCGGCUCUCCUGCCUGGACAGCAACCACUCGCACUUCCUGCUGGUGGACGACGGUACGCACGGCCACUACGGCGUGGAGAUCGGCCUGCGCAGCCGCCUGGAGAAGCUCGUCGCAGAUCAGCCCCUGGGAAACCGACUCAGGAAAAAUCAAAAAAGUCAUUUGAAGAUCCCUGCUGUGUGCAUAUUAUUGAACGGAGGACAGGGCUCUCUGAAUACCAUCUACAGUGCCAUGCUGAGCGGCACCCCGUGUGUGGUUCUGGAGGGUUCGGGCCGGAUGGCAGACGUGAUCGCUAACGUGGCCGGGAAGCCCGUAUCGCAGGUCACCCUGGCUCUGAUCCAGACACAGAUGAAGAGGUUCUUUGGACAGGAGUAUGAUGACAUCUCCGAUAUCAAGUGGGCCAAAAAGAUCCAGGACAUCAUCAGGAUGCCACAUCUCCUGACUGUGUUCAGCAUGGACGAGUACAAGCACAGCGAUGUGGAUGUGGCUAUCCUCCAGGCCUGCUUGAAAGCGUCCAGGAAUGAGGAGAACGUAAAGCAGAGGGGUUGUGAGAGGCAGCUGGAGCUGGCUGUGGCCUGGAGUCGGCUGGACAUUGCUAAGGGCGAGAUCUUGACUGAGGAGAGCCAGUGGGAGUCCAGCGACCUGCACAAGGCCAUGUUCUCGGCCCUGGUGGGCCACAAGUCGGAGUUUGUGCGGCUGCUGCUGGAGAACGGCGUGAGCAUCCCCCAGUUCCUGUCCGGGGACAAGGCACUGCUCAAGCUCUACAACGCCAUGCCCAGCUGCCUCUUCCGGCGCAAGCUGGUCAUGCAGAUACAGGGCAACAAGAACGGGCGGAAGCAGGUGUCUCUGGCAGAGGUGGCUGUGGUAGUGCGCCAGCUACUGGGCAACUUUACUCAGCCCGUUUACUCGCCCUCGGAUGAGUUCAUCAAGAUGGCCGACGACAAUGCUGUGAUUGUAAGUCUGAAGUGUCAAGAGAUAAAUGAAAAUAACUGUCAUUGAUCUAGAUAAUGGACGCACAGUGGAUACUACAACCCUGGGAGAGACCUCUUCCUGUGGGCUGUUCUACAGAAUAACAGAGAGCUGGCCCAGAUUGCCUGGGAAAAGUGUAGAGACAGCACAGCUGCUGCUUUGGCUGCCAGCAAAAUUCUGAAAAAGCUGGCAGAGGAGUCAGAGAGCAAUGAUGAAGAUGGUGCCAAUGACAUGAAAGAACUUGCCUACCACUUUGAGAAACAGGCCAUUGGUGUGUUCAGUCAGUGCCAUAGCAAUAGCAAAGAUGACCAGCAGCGAGCCCAGAGACUUCUGCUCCGAAUCUCACCAUCUUGGGGCAACACCACAUGUCUACUCUUGGCAGUGGAGGCGGACGACAAGAGCUUUGUGGCUCACUCAGGGGUUCAGGCUCAUCUCACCCAGAUCUGGUGUGGAGAGCUGGCUGUGGACACCCCUCUGUGGAGGUUACUCCUCUGUAUGCUGUUCUUCCCACUCAUCUACACAGGCUUCAUAACCUACAGAUGUGAUGAGGACAUUAAAAAGGAGGCCACGAAGAGGCAGAUGUUUUUAAUGGAGUCUGAGACAGGAAGCUGGGCCGAUACCAGAGACCUCUGCUCCUCCAGCGAUCCUCAGGACACUGACCAGCUAAAGCCACUGAGUUGCCUAGACAGGCUGGGGAGCUUCUACACAGCUCCACGGGUGAAGUUCUUCUUGAACAUUGCCUCCUACUUUGGGUUCCUGGUGCUCUUUGCCUACGUGCUGAUGGUUGACUUCCAGCCCAUGCCGUCAUGGAAGGAGUGGCUGCUCUACGUUUGGGUGAUCUCUUUAGUAUCUGAGGAGCUCCGACAGCUUUUUGAUGAUCCGAACGGAUUUGAGUUCCGGAAAAAAGCCAAGAUGUAUAUUGUUGACGUGGCCGCCGUUCUUCUCUUCAUCCCUGGUCUUGCCUGCAGGUUGGCUUUGAGUCUCAGACUGUGGAUCAGCCAAACGUUUUAUGUGGGAAAGAUCAUCCUCUGCCUCGACUUCGUCUUUUUCUGUCUGCGACUGGUUGCCAUCUUUAUCAUUAGCAAAACCCUGGGCCCAAAAAUCAUAAUUGUCAAAAGGAUGAUGGUGGAUCUCUUCCUCUUCAUGUCCCUGCUCAGUAUCUGGGUGGUGGCCUACGGGGUGGCUAAUCAGGGCAUUGUGAUUCACAACGAGGAGAGACUGAGCUGGGUCAUCAGAGGUGCUCUGUAUGAUCCUUACCUCCUCGUAUUCGGCAAUGUCGCAACCGACAUCAACAAUGACUUUGACAUAAACACCUGCACUGUGGAUGGCUCUGACCCUCUGCUGCCAAAAUGCCCUCUGCUCAAUGCCGACCAAAUGCCAGCCUAUCCCACGUGGCUGACCACCAUUAUGCUGUGUAUUUACCUUCUCUUUGCUCAAAUCUUGCUCCUCAACCUUCGCAUUGCCAUCUUCAACUACGUAUUUCAGGACGUGCAGGACAACACCGAUGCAAUCUGGAAGUUCCAGAGGUACGAGCUGAUUACGGAAUACUACGGUCGCCCCACUGCGCCCCCUCCCUUCAUCCUCUUCAGCCACCUGUUCCUGCUGUUCAAGCGCUUUGUGAUGCGCUGCUGCUGCCCCAUCAAGAGUAAGUGGUUGUGUGAUGCUGAGGAGGAGGAGGAGUUGAUGUCAUGGGAGGCUUUCAUGAAGGACAAGUACGUGGCCGCCCAGCGCCAGGAGAGGAGUGAGAGCACGGAGCAGCGCCUGGGUCAGCUGGAGGAACAGGUCUCCCAGUCCGCUAAAGCACUGCAACGGAUCAUGGACACCCUAAAAGCCCAAGGUUACCAAUCUAAACAGGAGCCUCCUUCCAUGCCCAGGAGCACAGAGAGUGAAGGAGAUGAGCAUGAGAUUGAUGGUGAUCCAGAGAAGAGACAGCACCACUUCCACGCCCAAAGGUCCUGGGGUGCAGGAGAUAUUUAUAUCAAAAAGAGGGGGACCAAAUUCUGA